AUAUUACUCUUUUCUUCUCUCCAAAGAUAUAAUCUACUUCUUUAUAUAUCUACACACAACACAUACAAGAGUCAUCUAGAUCUUACUUACACAAUCUAAAAACCUAGUUGUUCUUUAUCAAAAAAUCCAGAGAAGACCAAGAACAAGGCAUGGCGAGAUCACCAUACUACGGCUCAUCGUACUUAGACUACCUCUCUCUCCCAAACCCACAUCUCUGUUUCUUCUUCAUCGUCGUCUUCUUCGUGUUUUCCCUCACAUGGUACUUGAACUACGAGUCCGUCCUCGAAGACACCCUUGACCAGCUCAAGCUCAUCCUCAUGUUCACCCCUCUCUUCCUCCUCCUCCUCGUCCACUUCUUCUCCGGCGGCCUUUCCUUCUACGUCCCCUGGCCUGAACAAGACUCUAUUCACCGUGCCGGUUCUUCCCCUUGGGGUGUAGCAGCCGUGCUCGUGCUCAUCUUGUUCAUGGUCUCGUACCAGUCUGAUUUCCAGGAGAGGUGGUUCCCUUUUGGGGGUAAGUAGAUCGAUCAAAGUUUAUGACCACCAGCUUUAGUUAUUUCCC